AUGGCCGCCGCCGCGCAGUACCUGCCGCGCGGUGCCGCGCUGGGCCCCGACGGCGACCGGCUCCACCCGGGCGCCUACCGCGAGGUGCAGAAGAUGAUGCACCACGAGUACCUGCAGGGGCUGGGCCCCGCCGCCGGGCACGCCGUGGGGCUGGCGCACCACCAGUGGCUGCCCAGCGCCGGCACGGACUGGGGCAGCGGCGGCGGCGGCGGGCACCUGCCGCCCGCCGAGCACGGCAAGGGCGGCGCGGCGGGGCCCCGCGAGGAGCUGCCGGGCGCCUUCCACCACCGCGCGCACCUGGGCGCGGCGGCGGGCGCGGCGGGCGGCUGGGCGCAGGGCGGCGCGCACCACCUGCCGCCGCUGUCGCCGCCGUCGGGGCAGCCGCUGCUCUACGCGCAGCCCUACGCGGGGCUCAACGGGAUGCUGGGCCCGCCGGCGCCGGCGCUGCACCACGGGCUGCGCGAGGCGCUGGGCGCCGAGGAGGCGGGCGCGCACGAGCUGGCGGCCUCGCCGCCGCCGCUGGGGCCGCCCGAGCCGCCCGACGAGGACGCGCCCAGCUCCGACGACCUGGAGCAGUUCGCCAAGCAGUUCAAGCAGCGCCGCAUCAAGCUGGGCUUCACGCAGGCCGACGUGGGGCUGGCGCUGGGCACCCUCUACGGCAACGUCUUCUCGCAGACCACCAUCUGCCGCUUCGAGGCGCUGCAGCUCAGCUUCAAGAACAUGUGCAAGCUGAAGCCGCUGCUCAACAAGUGGCUGGAGGAGACGGACUCCAGCACGGGCAGCCCCACCAGCCUGGACAAGAUCGCGGCGCAGGGCCGGAAGCGCAAGAAGCGCACCUCCAUCGAGGUGGGCGUCAAGGGCGCCCUGGAGAACCACUUCCUCAAGUGCCCCAAGCCGUCGGCGCACGAGAUCACCUCCCUGGCGGACUCCUUGCAGCUGGAGAAGGAGGUGGUGCGUGUCUGGUUCUGCAACCGGCGGCAGAAGGAGAAGCGCAUGACGCCGGCGGGGGCCCCGCACCCGCCCAUGGAGGACGUUUACGCACAGGCGGACUCGUCGCCGCUGCACCACGCGCUGCCGGGGGCCGUGCACUGACUGCCCCGGCCCGACGGCGCGCACCGGCCCCGCGGCCCCGGCCCGACGGCGCGCACCGGCCCCAGGACACGCUCUAAUUUAUUCCUCAGACUGGCCCGGCCGAGCCGCCGCGCUGCCGCCGGAUUUAUUGGCCCGGCCCGGGCGCCGGCUGCCGGACGCUGCAGCAGUAGCCAAAGGUUUGCGAGCUCUAAUUUAUUCCCUCCCUGGCGGCGCCGGCCCGGGCCCACCGCUCGCCCGGACGACACGCCGAAGUUUUCUUCCCGACCCGUUUCUAUUUAUUUGCUAACCGUGCGCGGAGCUCUCGCCCUCCCGUUGGUAGGUUCGGUUCGGUUCCUCCUCUUUGGUUUCGGUUUUUGUUUGUAUCUUUAUUGGAGAGAAAAAAAAAAAACACUGUAGACUGCGAGGGUACGUUUCUAUUUAUGUUAUAGUAAAUAUUUUAUUACUUACAUAAACCAUUUACCCAGGAA